AUGAGACACACGGUCAGCCUCUGGGCGGUGGCAACAAGCUUCUUGGUCUUCCAGAGGACAUCCACUGCAGGACCGGCCGUGGCCCUGGAAGAAGCGUGGAAAGACUGGAAGGCCACCAAUGGCAAAGAAUACCUGGAGGACGAAGAGAACUUCCGUCGGACCAUCUGGGAGAAGAAUCUCUGGAUGAUUCAGCAGCACAAUUUGGAGGCGUCUCUGGGGAAACACACCUAUCGGCUGGGGAUGAACCACUUUGGCGAUCUGACGAACAAAGAGUAUACCCAGAGGACAAACUGCAUUUAUUCGGGCCCCGCUGAACCCCCUGGUGGGAAUGUGACUUUAUUUCAAGAAUCAGCCACUCUGGAAACUCCCAAGGAAGUGGACUGGCGGAAAAAGGGUUAUGUGACCCGAGUCAAAGACCAGGGCAACUGUGGCUCCUGUUGGGCGUUCAGUGCUACCGGCGCCUUGGAAGGCUUGCAUUUCAAGACCACCAAACGUCUGGUCUCACUAAGUGAACAAAACCUCAUUGACUGCUCUGGAAAGUUCCACAACUGUGGAUGUGGUGGAGGAAAUGCCUCACGGGCCUUCUUGUAUGUGCAGCAUAAUGGGGGCAUCAACUCUGAGAAAACAUACCCAUAUUUAUCAAAGAACAGCUCCCCUUGUCGUUACGACCCCCAGAAAGCAGAGGCGAAGUGUACUUCCUUCGUAGCGAUCCCAAAGGGAGAUGAGAGAGCUUUGGAGCGAGCUCUGUUCAGUGCUGGCCCCGUUUCCAUUGCCUUUGAUUCCAGGAGCCGAGAGUUCCAGUUCUACAAGUCAGGGAUCUUCUCCUGUCCUUGGAGUGACAAAAAGUUGACCCAUGCCAUGCUGGCCGUGGGGUAUGUGAAUUCCCCAGAAGUCAGGAAAGGAAGCAGCUAUUGGAUCCUGAAGAACAGCUGGUCUAAACUGUGGGGUGAAAAGGGUUACAUGCGACUGUCGAAAGGAGCCAAUCACUGUGGUAUAGCGGAUGGCGCAAGCUAUCCCAUCCUGGCCCCGGUCAAAGAGUAG